AUGGGGAGUAAUGAGGGGUAAUGGGGGGUAAUGAGGGGUGAUGAGGUUGUGGAGUGAUAAUGGGGGAAUAAUGGGAUCUAAUGGGGUAUGAAGGGGUAUAAUGGGAUGCAGUGGGAAAUGACGGGGUACGGUGCGAUAUAACGGGAGCUGACGGUGACACUGGGAUGUACUGGUCUAUACUGGGAUGUCAUGGUCCAUACUGGUCCGUACUGGUCCGUACUGGUCUGUAACGAUGUCCCCCCCAGACCCCGCUGUUGGUGGCGGCGGCGGCGGCGGCUCCCGCGGUGCUGCGGGAUCUGAUCGCGCUGGGCGCCGACCCCAACGCUGCGGAUCACGCGGGGCGCACGGCGCUGCACUUGGGCGCCGCCUACGGGCUGCCGACGGUACUGCAGGCUGUGAUGACGUCGGGGGUCCCUGUGAAUGUGGAGGCACGGAACUUUGAAGGUCAGACCCCGCUGCACUGCGCUGCCCUGGCCCACACUGCUGCGCUGCAGGGGGGGGGACCCCAAAAUCCCACCCCCCAAACCCGACUGCGCUGCGUCCAAAUCCUACUGAGUAUGGGGGCCGACCCUGCCAGCCAGGACUCCAAGAGCAGCCUGACCCCGCUGCACAUCGCCGUGCGGGGGGGGAACCUCAGCCUGGCUCAGCUCCUCCUGCGCCAGCCCGGGGGGGGGGCCCGCCUGGUCAACAUGCAGGCUCACGGCCACACCGCCCUGCACAUGGCUGCAGCGCUGCGGGGCGGCCAGCAGGAGGCGCUGUUGCGGCUGCUGCUGCGCUGGGGCGCCGAUCCGGCGCUGCCCAACCUGGAGCACCAACGGGCGCGGGCGCUGCUGCCGCGGGGGGGGCACGGAGAGCAGCUCCGCCUCCUCCUGAAGCGCCGCCGCUCCGCGCGCCGCCCCUCCGUGACAUCAUCACAGGGGACCCCUCAGCAGUGACGUCAUCACAGGGGACCCUCAGCCGUGACGUCAUCACCAGGGGACCCUCAGCCGUGACGUCAUCACAGGGGACCCUCAGCAGUGACGUCAUCAUGGGGGGAAAACCCCGACCCCCCCCCGCUGUCAUUUUUUGUUGAUUUCUGUGAAAUCGCUCAUUUAUGGGGGAGCAGAGGGGGCGGGGCUUAAUGUCCCUCCCACCCCCCCCCCCAAUCAGUUUCCAGGAAAUUAAUUAAUUUGAGCAGAGGACCCCAAAAAUUGGGGGGUGGAGGGGCACAUGGACCCCAUUGAAUAUUGGGGUGCAGCUCCUUUAAGACCCCCCACAGGGGGGACUACUGUGGCCCCCAAGCUCUUCCCCCUCCACGAGCUAAUUAUGCUAAGGGUAAUUAGCUUGAUUUCUGCAGGGCCCCAAUUUGGAGCCUUUUGGCCUCAUAUCAGGCAAUUUUUGGCCCCAAAAUGUGGAUUUUGUCCCCAGAUUGGGGUGGUUUUGCCCAAAGUCAGAGAUUUUGCCCCAAAAUGAGGGGAUUUGGCCCCAGUUUGGUGCAUUUUGCACCCAACUGUGUGGAGGUUGUCCAAAAAAUGGCAGUUUUGCCCCAAAUUGGGGAAUAUUGACCAAAAACAGCCGUGUGGAUUUAGCCCCAACUUGGGACAAUUGACCUAAAAUUGGAGAUUUUGCCCCAAAUCGGGGUAUUUGUCCCCAAAAUCGGUGGAUUUUGCCCCAAAAUUCACCUUUUCUGUCCCAAAAUGAGCAGGUUUUCCCCCAGAUUGGGGGAUACUGACUAGAAAUUGACACUUUUGCUCCAAAUUGGGAGACUCGACCCCAAAAUUGGUGAAUUUUGCUCCAAAUUUGGGAGGUUUUGACCCAGGUUGGUUUAUUGGACCAUCAAAACUGCUGGAUUUUGCCCCAGAAUUCAUAGUUUUUGCCCCAAAUUGGGGAAGCGUUCAGAAAUUACAUUUUGCCUCAAAUUGGGGGAUUUGUCCCCAAAACCUGUGUUUUGCCCCAAACGUGGGAGAUUUUGCCCCAAACUGGGGAAUAGUGACCAAAAAUUGGACAUUUUGCCCCAAAUUGGGGAUGUUGCCCCCCCCAGCGGUGCACUUUGCCCCCAGCGUCUCCCUGUUGUCCCAGAUGGGGGAGGUUGCCCAAAAUGGCUCAUUUUGUCCCCAGAAUUCAGAGUUUUGCCCAAAAUUGGGGAAUUUUGCCCCAAAAUUAAGGCUUUUGUCUCCAAACUUGGAGCUUUCUCCCCAAAGUGGAGGAAAAAUCCCCCCAAAGUGGAGAUUUUGCCCCAAAUUUUGGUGCGUUUGUCCAAAAAUGGGUGGUUUUGCCAACGACUGGGGGACUUUGCCCCAAAAUCGUGGAUUUGACCCAAAAUGAGUCUGGUUCAUUUUCUCAAAGCAGGAAAUAUGGCCCAAAAAGUUGAGAUUUUACCCCAAAAUUUGCGCUCCCCAUUUCCUCCCUGUCUCUCUCAGUACCCCCCAGCCCCCCCGCUCCCCAGUACAACCCAGUGCCUCCCAGUAUAACCCAGUUCCGUGCAGUGCCCCCCCAUUUCCUCCCAGUUCCCCCCCAGUGCUCCCAGUUUCCCCUCUGGGGGUCGGAAAGGGGAACUGAGAGCAGCACCUGCGCUGGGGGAGGGGCAGCGCCGCCCAGUAUCGCCCAGUAUAAACCAGUGCACCCCAUAGCUGGAUCCCCAACCCCAUAGCAGGGGCCUCAAUCCCAUACUGGUGAUCCCAGCCCCAUAGAUUGUCCCCAGCCCCACAGAAGUGUCCCCACAUCAGCACAGCACUCUUUAUUGGACGACAGAUCCUAAAGGUGACAAAUCCUAAACAAACCCUAAAGGUACCAAACCCCAAAA